UGUUUUCGCGCAGUUUUCAAUUAUUUUAUAUUUUAUCCUGUAACUUGGAAAGAAAACCGAUAGUAUUAUUGUCUUAUUUGUUUGAUCUGCCACGGUUGAAUUCGAAGCAUAUUUCCGUUUCAAUCUCGACUACUUUAGAAGGUUUAUCGUGAUUUGCUGUACAGAUUUACGUAAACGCGAAUUACUCUACAGUGAAAUAUCAGUUUGGUGGCAAUUAUGUAAUUACUCAGGACGCCACAUAUGCAAAUUUCCGCGAUGACUUUUGUCACCUUGCUGGCUCGUGCAACCGCACGCGAUCCUAUGUACACAUUAUAAUGUUCCCGCGUGUAAGCUGAUGUAAGCACAGCGGUCUUGCCUGGUGGCAGUAGCAAAAUGACAGUUAUUACUUAAAUCGGGGAGAGUAAAUUACAAUUAACCGUGAAAGGGCCGCUGCACAACAGCGGAAAUACUUUUCGUUAUGUAUGUUCGAUUUUCUAGCUGUACCUAUUUCAAACCUUUAAAUAUAUCGGAACACACGAAAUUUUGUAACUGCCUAUCGGAAGAUUGUCGUUGCGGAGAGGACAAUGACGCUGAGUUCGAGUGGGAAUGGGACAAAGACAACGCCGCGUCUGCUAUUGUUUUAUCAGAACAAAAUCUAAUUGUUCAGUUUCAUAAUGGUGUCAGUUUUGGUACAUCAGCAAUUAGGGGUACUAAAAUGUUGGAGAAAGGGAGACAUCACUAUUGGGAAGUAAAAUUACUGACACCCACUUACGGAACAGAUCUUAUGAUCGGUGUUGGUACAGAGAAAGUCGAUAUGAACGGCAGUAAGUCUACAUUCUGUUCGCUUCUUGGGUCGGACCAGGAAUCUUUCGGCUUUUCUUAUUUAGGGUAUAUACAAUACGAUGGUUGGAAGAAGAAAUACGGAUCUACUUUUGGUCAAGGCAGCUUAGUCGGGGUACAUUUGGACACCUGGAAGGGUACCUUGGAAUUUUUCCUGAACAGAAAAUCCCUCGGUAUCGCUUUUACUGGAUUGAGGAACACGAUGUUGUAUCCCAUGAUGUGCUCUACGGCUGCAGAUACUAAGGUGCGAUUGGCAUAUUGCAGUUCUGUACCUGCUUCUUUGCAGAUGGAAUGCUUGUCUAUGUUAAAACCUUCUCAAAGAGAGUAUUUGCUGAGUAUGUUCCCCGGAUUGCGUUAUCUUCUUGACAGCAUAUUUGCAAAGAUAUUAGAAACAGAUAUAAGUGACGAUGAUUAUGACGACGAUUAUGAUCUGAGGUUUCUCGACGAGUAUGACUUUGCUUUGGUGGGUGCUGGUAGGAAAAGAAAUAGAAAAGCCUUAACCAAGCCUUAAUCAACAAAACGAUGCAACAUUUUUUUGUAUGUUUUCACUACAGACAUAUAUGUAAGGCACAUGUAACAUAUGUAAAUACUGAAUGCGAGCUUAUUUAAGUUGCAACUGUUGGAAUAAAGUUCUUCGAGAUGUUUUAUAUGUAAA